ACAUCACGUUAGUACAUUUCACAUCAACGCGGCGCGAAGACAUGGCACGAAUACUGAUCAUAUUUCUGUUAAUAUCCGUAAUAAUACACGGUACGUUCGCGCAAUGCAAUCAGAACACGGCUCGGGGCUUCAUGCGGCGAGCACUGUACGAAUUUACCACGGAUCUAGUUGCGAGAAUCAACCAGGAGACUGAAAGCCACUUCGUCGCCUCAGGCCUGUCUUCUUGGACCCUGCUGUCGGCCAUGUCCUUCGGCGCUGGCUAUGAAACGCUCUCAGAACUCCAGCGAGUCCUGAGACUCCAUCCUCACAAAUGCUUUAACAAUAAGUUCUUCGAAAUCCUACAGAAUUCUGCAAACAACGACACCACUAUAAUGGAGAGGAGUUCUACUGUCUAUGUCAACGACAAGUUGGCGGUUCAUGAUAAAUUCAAGAAUAGUGUCGAGGGAGCUGGUUUAUGCGAAGUGAAGAACAUAAACCUCGAUGAUGUGACGCAGGCAGCAGCUAUCAUAAACGACUAUGUACGGGAAGCGACUCACGAAGCGAUCGACGAAAUAGUCACCGCGGGAGACUUGGACAGAGUUCGCAUGGUGAUGAUCGACGCUCUGUACUUCAGAGGAGCGUGGAAAAUACCGUUCCCUUACGAUGAUACAGAAAACAGUGCGUUCUACAAUCAUUUGGGCCACCAGAUAGGUGAUGUGAAUCUCAUGUUUGUAUCCGGAUCUUUCCACGUCAUUUCGCUUGACCAGAUCCGCGCGAAAGUUUUGGAACUACCAUAUGGCAACGAUGGAAGAUACUCCAUGUUAUUAUUCCUCCCGUACCCAGAUGUAUCUAUUUCCAACGUCAUUGAUAGCCUAAAGAAGAUAAAUCUAGCCUCAAUUUACCUCCUAUUCGAAGAAUACGGACAGCAGACGGUGCACGUACAAAUCCCUCGGUUCAAGAUCACAUCCGACAUCAACAAUUUGAAGGAGUUGCUUAUGGACAUGGGAUUAAGGGCGUUAUUCGACAGUUCGCUCGCUGAUUUCUCGGAAUUGACCGAUUACCCGCUGUACGUGUCGAAUUUCAUCCAGAAAGUAGACGUGGAAGUGAGUGAGGAAGGAACAGUCGCGGCGGCAGCGACUGAGGCCAUGUUUGAACCGAGGAUGAUGCCGGAACAGUUCGUGGCGAACAAACCGUUUUUGUUCAUGAUCGUCGACAAACAGAUUGACGUGAUGCUGUUCACGGGCGCGUACUCUAAGCCAAGCAUUUAUUGAGACUAAAGGAUUCGCGUGUGUCGGCUGGCAGCAAAGUUUUAGCUGCGGUAUCCGUUUACAAAUAAUUUUAAGUAUGUCAUUUGUGUGAUAAAGGAAAUAAAAUUGAGUGCGUUCUACACACAAAGCGUGUCUUAAAUAAAAUCCUGUUCUGUCUAUAUAAUUAAGUAUAAUUAUAAGCAGCUGUAAUUGUAGUGAUUGUGAAAAUGUGUUCUAAAUAUUAUGAUAAUGUUAUUAUGAUAUUUGCAUGACAGCGCAGGCCGCGAAUAUUGGCUUUUUAUGCGCAGGGAAUAUGCAAUUCGUCAGUUCUUUUUUAGUUUAACUCGCAGAGUCGGCCUUGUAACUCCGCGCAAUCACACAUUUAACUACACAUUAAACACUCGUUUGAGUACCACAUUAACGUGCUCAUCUCAAAACUCUCGAAUGAAAAUAAAAAUAAAUACGUUUAUUUCA